AUGUCGUCUCUUCACCACCCUCGUCCAAUUGACGACGACAAACAAGCCAACAAGAGACGCAAAGUCAACACCUGUCUCCAAUGCAAAGCACGCAAAGUGAAAUGCGACAAGGUCCGACCUGAGUGUGGGCCUUGUCAGCGUCGACGUCUCGUCACCGACAACUGCGUCUACGAAGAUGAGGCUGACGCAGAGACCUUACAGCACUACUUGGGUCCGGACUAUCUCGCAAACGAAGUUGCAAAGGAGGUUUAUGGCAUUGCUUUGCAACCAAGCACUUCAGCCGCUGGCCAUUUGAACUUGCAAAGUCCACAAGCCCGCGCCGUACUUGACCGUUUGGCGCGGCAAAUGCGACAUGGUCAAGCUGCUAAUGGUGGGCUUUCUGCCGCAUAUGGCGCAGCUGGGCCUCUCAAUGUAGAUCAGCUGAACAGCAAUCAGGCGGCAGCCGCAGCCGCAGCAGCUGUUGCAGCAGGAGAUCCAAGCCUAGCUGGUAACCUGCUAGCGAGCAAUGCGGCAAAUACCAACAGUGAUGCUACCGGUGAAGGCUCUGACGAUGCAAUCAGCUCUCUACUAGCAGGUAAUCUGUUCCCAUUCGCUUGCGAACCGACACACGAUCGAACGAAGCUCGUCCUUGGUUUGCUACCUAACGACCAUGUCGUCAAUGUGCUGCUCGACAGUCUGCGAACCUUCGAGACAAAAUCGCCACUCGGUAUCAGUUGGCGUCUGAUCCGUGUGCAGCUCAUCAAUCUCCGCGGAGAUAUCUCCGACUGGAGGACGGGCCAGGUCGAAGAGCCAGAUGUCGAUCUUACCUUUUUGGCGCUGCUCUUUGAACUUAUGGUAUCGGCGAUCGACUGCAAACACGUCGACGAGAUCAUCAGCGAAGGCAUUGCUUUGACCGCAGAACAGGUACCAGAAAUGACCGACAGAUGGCACGCUACUUGCCAAGCGCUCCUCGCAAUGAGCGAUUUUCGACACGAGCCAAAUCUCAAUACUGUCUGCGCAGAGUUUCUGUUUUACCUCUACGAGCUCAGACGAGGACGCUCAAAGUUUGCCUCGCACCAUCUUCAAAGUUGCUACCAAAGCGCAACAGCUAUCAGCAUGCACCAGCUUUCUUCUGCCCAAACCGACGCCAAACGCUGGUCUACCACCUCGGAGCCCGAUGACGUUACCAUCCGGACCGGCGCCGUCACUGCCAUGCGUAAAGCGCACUUCGAAGGUGGUGAGAUCUUUGCCAUCGCCGAAGAACAGGCUCUACUCUCCUCGCUCUGCCACCCUAGUUCGAUUCAACGACGAGAGCUGAUCCAAACCAACAUCCCCGAUCGGACGCAUCUAGUUCGAGAAGCAGCUCGAAUGCUCUGGGUUUCCCUGACAUGGCAUCUUUCGUUCGCCACGCCACCGUACCCGCUGGCUGAGCGCUUGGAUGAUUCGAGCUGGACGUCGAAACUGUGUGGCAUAGACGAAGCGUAUUUGCCCGAUGGCGAAGCGAUAGCUCUUCCGGUGGGCGCCGGAUUGAGCAGCGUUUCCGUCCACUUCUUCCAGUUCUUGGCGGAAGCAUUGCGGGUUUUGCAAUCGCAUCCGACACCUUCCGUCAAUCAAGCAGAUGAUGACAUACAUCUGCUCGACAUCCUGGACGGAUGGAACGACAUCGCUCAGACCCACCUUUUACGCAUGCGAGAGCUGGCGGGCGAAAGUCGAUGCAUGCUGCAUAAUUUCGCACUGGUGAUCUAUCACUGGACACGAAUUCGACUGCUUCGACCCCACUUGUACCGCUUACAAAAACACUCUUUUGCCGGUAAGCAAGCGUUGGUCGCCUCUUGCCGAGAAGCGCUUUUGUCGAUACAACGAAUCCUGGCCAUCUCUGAUGUCGACCUAUCAAUCUUCUCACCGCUCAUAACCCUUGUUAAGGUCGACGCUACACUGCUUCUUGCACUUCACUUGCACUAUCUCGCGCAGUCUAACUACACGAAUUGCUCUGCGGAGUACAAUGAAGCCAGAAGACUCGCCAAAACGUCGUUGUUGCUCAUGUGGACCCACGCUGCAGAAGCAGCACCCAACCGCUUAGGAAAGAUUCCACCGUGGACAAAGGGCAUGCGACAAUUGGUGGAGGAGAUUCUUUUGGAUGCAUUCGAGAGAAAAGCGGUGACUUUGAGGGAUGGUCCUAGGAUCAAGAACGAAGAUGGCGAGGUGGCUAGCACCGAGUUGGAUCAAAACGACAAAUUGGAUGCGCACUUGGGCGGGGUCGGCGAGGGAACGGCGUUACAGGUGUACAAAAAUAUCUUGUUAGGUGAUGACGACCACUUGAGACGAACGCCGCUGUUCUUUGAUGCGCUGGAUGGGUUCUUGCGCUCGCUCUGA